AUGGCCGCGAGCGACAGGACCCGCGGCCGCGGUUGGAGCCGGAGCCGCAGUUGGAGCCGCAGUUGGAGCAGGAGUCGCAGUAGGAGCAGGAGCCCGAGGGACCGAGCGGCGCGGAGGAGCAGGAGCCGGUCGCGCGAUGGGUCGAGGAGCAGAUCCCGGCGACGUCGGCACGAUUCUUCGUCGUCAUCCUCGGACGGCGAGGAUGACCGCGGCGGCGGUCGGCGCCACGACUCCCCGUCCUCGUCUCCGUCCAGGUCACGCUCGCGAUCCCGGGAACGCGCCGGGGCGGACGACGCGGAGGAACGUCGCAGGAAGACCGAGAGGAAGGAGAGGAAAGCCGCCAAGAAGGCUGAGAAGAAGCGGCGGAAGCGCGAGAAGAAGGAGCGGCGGCGCGAGCGCAAGGAGACGAAGCGCGCCGCCAAGAAGAAGCGAAGCCGCGACGCAUCCAACGACGCGUCCGACCCCGACGACGGCGGCGAUGCGAACGACGCGCCGCACGACGACGACGCCGGAAAACCCAAGCGGCGUCCGAAGGGUGGCGGCCUGCAGAUGCGAUCCGCGGAGAUCGUCGCGCGUGAAAAGGCUGAGAGAGAAGCGGCGGAGGCCCGGGCAGCCGCCGAACGCGCGCGCGCCGCCGCCGACGCCGACGCCGAGGCCGCGCGCAUCGCCGAGAGGGAGAAGCUCAAGGCUGAGGAGGCGAUGCGCGCGGCGAACGUGGACAUGGACCACGAGCCUGUGCCCGGGUUUGGAGCCGCGAUGACGCUGGAGCAGUAUCGCGCCAUGGCCGCGGGCAAGGCGUACAUGAAGGGCACGCUGCACGCCACGCCCAAGGAGGAAAAGGCGGAGAUGGACGACAAGGCCAAGAAGGGUUUCUGGCCGUGCCAAUCGUACAAGUGCACGAAGAGCGGGAGCAAUCACAUGAAUCCGAAAUACGCGGAUAAGUGCACGCGAUGCGGAGCGAUGAAACCGUUGGGCGCGGGCUCGGAGGUGUUCCACCACGGCAUGAGCGAGAAGACGUACCUGCAGAACCAGUCCAAGUACAGGUGA